UCGUCCGCCACAUUCACAUUCCAGGGUUUCUCAUAGUAACAGGCGAAGACAGGGCAAUCUCCGGCAGCCGCUAUGGUUCUCAAGACGGAGCUCUGUCAAUUUAGUGGGGGCAAGAUCUACCCUGGGAAAGGCAUCAGAUUCGUUCGCUCUGAUUCUCAGGUCUUUUUGUUUGCCAGCUCAAAAUGCGAAAGGUACUUCCACAACAGUUUGAAGCCUUCAAAACUCACCUGGACUGCCAUGUACAGGAAGCAACACAAGAAGGACCUUGCCCAAGAGGCUGUGAAGAGGCGUCGCACCACCAAGAAGCCUUACUCUAGAUCGUUUGUCGGUGCUAAUUUGGAAGUUACCCAGAAGAGAAUUGUGCUUUGAUAAAUGUGCCUGUGGAGGUUGAGAGUGAUGACUUGCAAGAGGACCGUAAACGCUAACGCUAACGCAACGGGUCGUUUGUCAUUUAUUUAUUUACUUAGUUUUUUUGGGGUUCUGCAAGUGAAUAAUACGACGGAAUUUUCUUAGCUGCUGCUCUUAAUCAUCUUUGUAAAUAACCGAUGACAUCUUCAAUCUGAGGUCAUGGUCUUAGUUCGGUAUUCAUUUCUUUUUAUGCAUUUGUCUAUAUAAGCGAUUAUAUCUUUAUUAUAGUAUUUUCCCGUUUAUUUAGUAUGUUAAGUGUUUAUGAUUAUUAAAUAAAUCGGGGAUAAACCCGAAAGGAUUGGUUUACUGGUGAAAUGUGAGCAUGUGACGUGUGGUUACUGUGCUA